CUAAUUUAAACAUGUUUCAUCGAAAACAAUUAAGUAUUUAACUUGGAUAAAAAUCUCGAUAAUCAUCACCAUCAUCAUAAGGAUCUGAAACUCCAAAACAUAAAAAAUCUAAUUCUUAUAUGUAAUUUUCACCUAAAUUGGACUGUAAUAAUGGAUUAUCAUUUGUUAAUGAGAUAAAAGAAGUCAAAAUUACAUCCCCAAGAACUGAAGAUCUUUAAUCACCAAAGUCUUUGUAACAAAAAUAAACUAAAUGUAAUAAUAUUAUUCACAAAGAGGAAUAAAUGAAAAAAAGUCAAUUUAGUAAAACUAAAAGUGAGGAUUUUGUAUGAUUAUUAUUUUUAUUCUUGU